AUGAACCGGAGCUUCAUAACUUCCUCUGACCGUCGCUCUGCCUGGUUCUGGUCGGUGUUCUGGAGCUUCCUGCCCGAUCCGCAGAAUCACCAUCAACCUUCAGACAUCAGUUUAUUCUGAUCAUUCGCUGCACCAAUAAUCAAUAUUGAUCAAAGAAUAAGGGAUCUGCAGGUCCGAUGUUCUGAGUGUUUCCAGAGUUCACGGCGUUCCUGCUGGGAAUGUUGCCUCCGGGUUCAUCCUGCGCGAUCGGCGUUCCUCAGCCUGCUCUUCCUGUUGGUCUGAUGAUGUCACUGAUCAUGUGACUGUUUACCUGAACUCUGACCCGUGGGUCGACGCCGCUGUGCCUGGUUCUGGUCAGACGCCUGGCUAAGCGUGAGAAGGAGGCGCCGCUCUGACGUCCAGGAAACAUGUUGAACAUUUCAGAUCCGCCAACCGCAGCUUCACGUUUCUCUGAGUCCAUCUCAGGACCUCCAGCUUUAUCUGCUGACCCGUUGAGGCCCCCGGCCCCCAUGUUGGACACCAUGGUAUACAAACAUGAAAGUUGAAAGUUUUAAACACUGAGAUGAUUCAUUUCCGGUUCAGCAGCAGCUUUGAUCUCCUCAUCAAUAGUUUUCAGGUUCUGUGUGAAGCAGAUCAUCAUCUGACAAAAUCCGUUUCCUCUCGUCCUGCUGGCAGACGCGUACGGACCGGUGACGUCACCUGGUGAGAAUGACCGAAACGUCGUGGCUCACCUGGAGGCCCCGCCCCAAGGCUUUAUAACGAGGCGGCCAGGUGAAGGGGGCAGACCGCAGGAAGCAGCGCUCUGGUCGGAUCGGACCUCCAGGAUUUGGUGACGAUGCUGCAGAUGAACGAGUCGGAGCUCCAGCUGCGGCUGGUGGCGUUCAGCUUCGAGACGCGCUUCGAUGAGCGCGGAGCGAUUCAGUGGAUGCAGGACAACUGGAACAAGUCGUUCAUGUUCAGCGCGCUGUACGCCGCCCUGGUGUUCGGAGGUCAGCACUUCAUGAAGCCUCGGCCCAAACUGAACCUGCGGCUUCCGCUGGUCCUCUGGUCGCUGAGCCUGGCCGUGUUCAGCAUCAUCGGAGCGAUCCGGACCGGGUCCUACAUGCUGCACAUCCUGAGCGCCAGCGGCUUCAGACGCUCCAUCUGCGACCAGAGCUUCUACAACGGACCCGUCAGUAAAUUCUGGGCCUACGCCUUCGUCCUCAGCAAAGCUCCAGAACUCGGCGACACGGCGUUCGUGGUGCUCAGGAAGCAGAAGCUGCUCUUCCUCCACUGGUACCACCACAUCACGGUGCUGCUCUACUCCUGGUACUCCUACAAGGACAUGGUGGCCGGCGGCGGCUGGUUCAUGACCAUGAACUACAGCGUGCACGCGCUCAUGUACAGCUACUACGCCGCGCGCGCCGCCAGCUACCGCGUGCCCCGCCCCUUCGCCGUGGUCAUCACCAGCGCCCAGAUCGCCCAGAUGGCGAUGGGGCUGACGGUCAGCGGCCUGGUGUACCGCUGGAUGCAGCAGGGCGACUGUCCGUCCCGCAUGGACAACAUCACCUGGGCCACGGUCAUGUACCUGAGCUACCUGCUGCUCUUCUCCAACUUCUUCUACCAGACCUACCUGCGCCGCGACGCCAAGGCCAAGAGCCAGUAGGACCCGCCGGACCGCAGGGCGGCGCUGCUGAGCUGAGCUGAGCUGCCGCAGCUAAUGAAGGGAAACCAGCGAAGAAGACGGAGUUAGUUUGUCUGGGAAGUGAAGGCGCGUUUCAGGACCCGCUGGUUCCGGACUGCAGGUCCAAAGAUGGUUCCGAUCUAAACAUGAAGCUCAGCUGCUGAACAGAGGUCCGAAAAUAUUCACGAUAUUUUGUUUAAAUUUAUCAGCUUUGGACCCAGAAAAUGUUCUGAACCAUUUUUACCUUCAUUUCCAAAUAUUUGAAAUAUGUAAAAAUAUAUAUUUAUAAUCUGAACCACUACAACCCGUCUGGUCCGAUUCACUGGUUCUACUGGUUCCCGCUGAACCCAUUUUGGCUGGCGAGAGUUAACCGGGUCAGAACUGGAACUUAAACUUUUACUUCUGUAAAUAUUUCCAUCAGUUUGACUUUAAAGUGUCAAACUUCUGAUUCUGGAACCGAUGAAGGCAGCUGAUUGGCUGCUGGACGGUCACAUGUCUCACGUGACUAAACUCAUCCUGUUGGAGCUGGUUCUGGUCGGUGUGAUUGUGGAAACGGGUUGGAGUUCUGAAGGAAACCAGCUGUGACGUCACAGCUGGUGUCCAUGACGAAGACGAUCUUCCACCAAAUGAUCACCUGGACGUUUUCCUGGGAGGGAAAUUGGGAUAUUUAUGGUUAUUUAUUGUUUAAAAUGUAAUAAAAUGACUUUUUCAAUUUGU